AUGCCUAGAAUUGAGGGUUUAUUAGGAGUCUUAACCAUUAAGCUGUCAGAAGAUAAUUUUGUCAAGUGGCAGUAUCAAUUGCAAUCUGUGCUACAGGGAUAUGAUUUGUAUGGGCAUUUUGAUGGCACUACUGUGUGUCCACCGAAAUUUACAAUCUCUGAGUCAGAGGGAGUCACAACAGAGAUUACUGAAGAUUAUAGGUCUUGGAUUCAAGUUGAUAAGGCACUUUUAAGUCUUCUUAUUGCCACAUUAUCCGAUGAUGCUAUGGAAUAUGUCAUAGGUUGUAAAACGGCAAGGGGCACCUAUUAUUCAUAG